AUGGCUGCCAUUUUUACCAACAAGACCCUGAUUGUGAACAACAAGGACAAGGAUAAGUUGGAGCUGGAACCUGAGCUUACCCGAGCAUUGGAGAACAAGAUUAUGCUUCUGUAUUUUGGCUCUGGUGAAUGUCUUCGAUGCCAAGAGUUUGCACCCAUCCUGAAAGAAUUUUUUGUGAGGCUCACAGAUGAAUUUUACGUGGAGAGAGCAUCCCAGCUGGUCCUGGUCUUUGUCUCACUGGAUGAGACUGAGGAGAAGCAAGACAAGUUUCUGAAGACCAUGCCCAAGAGAUGGUUGUUUUUGCCCUUCCAGGAUGAAUUCAGGAGGUAGGGAUUCCAGUGCUUAGACAGCUUAGACAAUGGCUAAAUUCAAAGUGAGUCACCAGAGGCAUAUUUGCAUAGUUUAUGCAUUGCCAGGGGUUGGGCUAGAUGACCCUUGGGUCUCUUCCAACUCUACCAUUCUAUGAUUCAAUGACCUUUGCCAAGAGCUGCUGCAUGGUUGUGCAGCACACCCAUGUGGUGAACUGUUGAAUUGCAAGGGGUAGCUUCUUCAUGCCUCGGACUGGGUUUUCGGGAGGUGUGGAUAGGCUGGGCAGAUCAGGACGAUGUGGGGGGGGGGGGAGUUGCUCAAGGACAACCACUGUGCAGGACGCAGCAGAAUAGGACCAACCACGUCAGAGUCCUAGAAUACCAAAAGUCCUCAGGGGAGGAGGGUCCUCCCCAGGGAGCAUCCCAAUGGGGUGCCUUUCCGCACCCUGUUCUGUCUCCCUGAAGCUCCACCCUUGCCUCCUGACUUGGCUUCACCUUCAGAGUCACCAGGGCCCACCGCCAGUCCACUUUCCCAAGAGGAGAUCACUGCUCCCACUACUGAAGGUGGGAAAAUGCAUAACGUGAUGAUGUCACAAUACUGAGUAAGUGAUCCUAUAUGUUUUUUUCUUUAAAUAAUAUUUAUUACCUUUCCAACAAUUUAAACACAUAAAAAAAUAAAAAGAAAAAAGAACAAUACAAUACAGUACAAAAACACUACAUAACACAUUAAACUAACAAAACAAAACAAAAACAGUUUAAAAAAACAUCAAACAAUUUCAAUAUCUUAUCUUUCAUUCACUUAUUUCCAUGGCCUCCUCACACCUCCCUUUUUGUAUUCCACUUCUGUUGAUUGUUUCAGCAAUUCCUUUCCAUCUUCCUCUGCUUUCUAUCCUUUAAUUAUCUUAACAGAUUCUAGCCUUAUUUUUCCCUUUGAUACUCCAUUAAUCUAUUUAUACUUAAUUCCUUAUAACAUUUCUACUAAAGCCAUAUAACUUCAUUCCAACAUUUUUCUAACAUUCAUUAAUUUUACAAUAUUUCUGUAAAUAGUCUUUAAACUUUUUCCAGUCUUCUUCCACCGACUCUUCUCCCUGGUCUCGGAUUCUGCCAGUCAUUUCCGCCAAUUCCAUAUAGUCCAUCAACUUCAUAUGCCAUUCUUCCCGAGUGGGUAAAUCUUGUGUCUUCCAAUACUUCGCGAUGAGUAUUCUUGCUGCUGUUGUUGCAUACAUAAAAAAAGUUCUAUCCUUCUUUGACACCAAUUGGCCAACCAUGCCCAGGAGAAAGGCCUCUGGUUUCUUCAGAAAGGUAUAUUUAAAUACCUUUUUCAUUUCGUUAUAGAUCAUCUCCCAGAAUGUCUUAAUCCUUGGGAAUGUCCACCAAAGGUGAAAGAAUGUACCUUCAGUCUCAUUACAUUUCCAACAUUUAUUGUUGGGUAAGUGAUAAAUUUUUGCAAGCUUGACUGGUGUCAUAUACCACCUAUAAAUCAUUUUCAUUAAAUUUUCUCUUAGGACAUUACAUGCCGUGAAUUUUUUUUUUUUAUAAGAUAUUUAUUAAAAAUUUCAAGAUAUUACAAAACACAAAAAGAAAAAGAGAAAACACAAAGUAAAAACAUUUAAAAACAAUUCUUUCCUUCCAUUACUUGACCUUCAUUUGCUUAUUUCCAGGACCUCCUCACACCUUCCUUUUUUGUAUUCCAGUUCAGUUAUUUCGUUCAGCAAAUCCCUCCCCUCUUUUGGUAUCCUAAUCAUUAGUCAUAAAAAUAUUGUAAUUUUAUAUUUUUACAUAUUAGAUAAUAAACCCUUUUUUCAUUUUCCCUUGUAACCUUUCAGCUAAAGACCACUUAGUUUCUAUCCAACAUCCUUCUAACAUUCAUUAAUUUUACAAUAUUUCUGUAGAUAAUCUUUAAACUUUUUCCAAUCUUCCUCCAUCGACUCUUCUCCCUGGUCUCGGAUUCUGCCAGUCAUUUCCGCCAAUUCCAUAUAGUCCAUCACCUUCAUCUGCCAUUCUUCCAAGGUGGGUAGGUCUUGUGUCUUCCAAUACUUUGCAAUGAGUAUUCUUGCUGCUGUUGUGGCAUACAUAAAGAAAGUUCUAUCCUUCUUUGGCACCAAUUGGCCGACUAUGCCCAGGAGAAAGGCCUCUGGUUUCUUCAAGAAGGUAUAUUUAAAUACCUUUUUCAAUUCAUUAUAUAUCAUUUCCCAGAAAGCCUUAAUCUUUGGGCACGUCCACCAAAGGUGAAAGAAAGUACCUUCAUUUUCCUUACAUUUCCAGCAUUUAUUAUCGGGCGCAUGGAAAAUUUUUGCAAGCUUGACUGGUGUCAUGUACCACCUGUAUAUCAUUUCCAUAAUAUUCUCUCUUAGGGCAUUACAUGCCGUAAAUUUCAUACCUGUGGUCCACAACUGUUCCCAGUCAGCAAACAUAAUAUUAUAUCCUAGAUCUUGUGCCCAUUUAAUCAUAGCAGAUUUCACAGUUUCAUCCUGAGUAUUCCAUUUCAACAGCAAGUUAUACAUUCUUGACAAAAUCUUAGUAUUGGGUUCUAACAAUUCUGUUUCCAAUUUUGAUUUUUCCACCUGGAAGCCAAUUCUCUUGUCCAAAUUAUAUGCCUCCAUUAUCUGAUAGUAAUGAAGCCAGUCUCGCACUUUACCUUUUAAUUUUUCAAAGCUCUGCAAUUUCAAUUUGUCUCCUUCUUGUUCCAAAAUUUCCCAAUAUUUCGGCCAUUUGGCCUCCAUAUUGAGCCUUUUCUGAGCCUUUGCUUCCAUCGGUGACAGCCACCUAGGGGUUUUAUUUUCCAGUAAGUCCUUAUAUCUUAUCCAGACAUUUAACAAUGCUUUCCUGACAAUAUGGUUUUUAAAUGCUUUAUGUGCUUUAACCUUGUCAUAACACAAAUAUGCAUGCCACCCAAAAACAUUGUUGAAACCUUCUAAGUCCAAAAUGUCUGUGUUCUCAAGAAGCAGCCAUUCUUUCAACCAGCAGAAUGCUGCUGAUUCAUAAUAAAGUUUAAGGUCUGGCAGGGCAAAUCCGCCUCUGUCCUUUGCAUCAGUUAAUAUUUUAAAUUUUAUUCUGGGCUUCUUGCCCUGCCAGACAAAUCUAGAGAUGUCUCUCUGCCACUUCUUGAAAGAGUCCAUCUUAUCUAAGAUUUGCAAUGAUUGAAACAAAAAUAACAUUCUUGGCAAUACAUUCAUCUUUAUAACAGCAAUUCGGCCUAACAAGGAAAGCUUCAAGUUUGACCAUAUCUCUAAAUCCUUUUUCACUUCUGACCAACAUUUCUCAUAAUUGUCUUUAAAUAGGUUUAAAUUCUUAGCAGUCAUAUUAACCCCCAAGUAUUUUACUUUCUUAACCAAUGUUAAGCCUGUCUCCUUCUGAAACCUCUCUUUCUCAAUCUGUGUUAGAUUUUUCUCAAGCACCUUCGUUUUUAACUUGUUCAACUUAAAUCCUGCCACAUGACCAAAUUCCUGAAUCAAUUCUAAUACUCUUUUAGUACUAGAUUCUGGCUCCUGUAACGUCAGUACCAAAUCAUCUGCAAAGGCUUUCAAUUUGUACUGUUUAGCUCCGACCUGUAUACCUUUAAUCAAACGGUCCCUUCUAAUCAUAUUUAGCAAAUCCUCCAGGACCGAAAUAAACAACAAUGGGGAAAUUGGGCAGCCUUGUCGUGUCCCUUUCUCUAUCUUAAAUUCCUCUGUCACCACAUUGUUAACUAUUAGUUUGGCCUUUUGUUCUGAAUAAAUUGCACUUAUACCAUUUUCAAACCCUUGACCAACCGCCAUCCCCUGAAGGUUUUUCUUCAUGAAACUCCAAGAAAUAUUGUCGAAGGCUUUCUCCGCAUCUACAAAAAUUAAAACAGCUUUGGUAUUAAUAUUCACUUGUAACAUCUCCAAAAUGUUAAUUAUAUUUCUCGUAUUGUCAGACAAGUGUCUACCCGGGAGAAAGCCGGCUUGAUCUUUAUGGAUCUCUUCUACUAAUACCUUUUUUAACCUUUUAGCCAAAAUAUCUGCGAAAAUUUUAUAAUCCACAUUGAGCAGGGAUAUGGGGCAGUAGUUCUUAAGUUGCGUCUUUUCAGUCUCAUUUUUCGGUAUUAAUGUAAUAUAAGCUUCUUUCCACGACUCUGGCGCUUUUUUCCCCUCCAAGAUUUCAUUACAAACCUCCUUUAGUGGUUGAAUUAUCCAGUCCUUCAAAGAUCUAUAGUAUUUGGAGGUUAAACCAUCUGGCCCUGGAGAUUUGCCCAACUGCAUGUUCUGGAUGGCACCUUCCACCUCCUGUUCUGUUAUUUUAUAGCUCAACAUUAGCUUAUUUUCUUGAGAGAUUUUUUGGAGCCCAUUUGUUUUUAAAAAUUUAUCUAAAUCACACUCUUUCUGUGGCCCUUGUGUAUAUAGCUGUUUAAAGUACCUCUGGAAGCAUUUUCUAAUUUCUACUGGAUUCUAGAUGUUCUUUCCUUCCACUUCCAAGUUGGUAAUGGUGUUAAGUUUCUGUCUUUUUUUCAUUUGCCAAGCUAGCAGUUUUCCACACUUAUUAGCCGAUUCAAAUGUCCUUUGUUUCAUCUGUUUAAUUUUCCAUUCUAUUUCCUGAUUCAUCAUCUUCAUAUAUUGAACUUGGUAUAACUUUAUUUCUCUCAGAAUCUCUUGUGAUUUUGGUUUCGCUCUCAGUUUCUUCUCCCCCUCUUUUAUUUUUCCAAAAUUUUAUCUUUUUUCUCAUUUUGAGUUCUCUUCUUUAUUGCAUUCUGUUGAAUUAGAAACCCUCUCAUAACUGCUUUACUUGCGUCCCAGAUUACUCUUUUUUCAAUGGUGGUGUUCAUAUUUAUCUCAAAGUAAUCUCUCAAGUUUUUUUGGGCCUUCUUGGUAAUUUCUUGAUCUCUAAACAGGGUGUCAUUCAUCCUCCAUCUGAAGGAGCCGGUAGGUGUUAGUUUCAUCUCCAUUUUCACAGCAUUAUGGUCGGAGCAGAUUUUAGGGCAAAUUUCCACUUUUCAAGUCUUAGGUGCCAGUCCUCUAGUAAUCCAAAUUUGGUCAAUUCUUGUCCAUGUCAUUUUGGCUUCAGAGAAGAAGGUUCCCUCCCUAGCCAGGGGGUUCUUUAUUCUCCAAAUGUCAGUCAAGUCCAUAUUGUCAGUCAUCUCAAAGAAGGUUUUUGGUAGUCUGCCAUAUUUGGUAACUACCUGUCUCUGCGACUUGUCCAUGUUUGUGGAUACCACUCCGUUCAUGUCUCCCAUCAUUAUAAUGUUGUAAUCCAUAUAGUCCAACAGUGUCUCAUGCAACUUCUUGUAAAAUUCAGAUUUCCCCUCAUUUGGAGCGUAUACUCCUACUAUCAGAAAUUUUUCUCCUUGUGUUUGAAUUUCAAUUGCCACAUAUCUUCCUUGGUCAUCUUUAAAGAUAAAUUUAGGCGAUAGGCUCUCUUUCGCACAAAUUACAACUCCUCUCUUUUUAACAUUGUCCGAUGAAAUAAACUCCUGGCCCAAUCUUUUAUUAAUCAAUACUUUCCUGUGGAGCCUUAUCACAUGUGUUUCCUGCAAACAAAUCAAGUCCAAUUGUUCCUUUUUCAAUAAAUGAAAAACUUUUUUCCUUUUCUCCGGGGAAUUAAACCCAUGAAUAUUCCAGCUUAAAAGUUGCAGAGACAUGGUGUAUUUAUUUUUCUUUUCCUCUGACUGCACCAAGUAAUUGCUCUUGUUCUGUUGGUGGUAUCACCUUCUCUAACUUGUCCAAUCCCAAAGGUAGUGAUACUAUGUCCUGUAUUCCUGGUUUUAAAGCUCUCGGCUCUUUUCCAGUUUCUUUUUGUAAGUCUUCUUCGUAAUCUUUCAGAAAUGUUUCUUUAUGUUCCACUGAUCUUAUUUUGAACUUUUUCCCUUUGAAGGUGAAAGAUAGGCCUUGAGGGAAUUCCCACCUAAAGAUGAUUCUAUUUGCUCUUAGCAGGGCCACCAAGUCUCCGUAAUUAGACCUGAGAUCCAAGAGAUGUUUAGGGAUAUCCUUAAAUAUCUCCACUUUUGAUCCCUUUAUUUCCAAGGUCUUCUGGAAGUGCAAACUCAAUAUUCUGUCUCUCUCCUCUCUUGAUCGGAGGGUAAUCAAACAGUCUCUCACGCUGUUCUUUCUCCCCCCUCUUCCAAGUCUGAAGGCACUUAGUAUCUUGAAAUCUGGCUUGUCUGGUUCUAGAUCCCAAAAGUCAGUAAGUUCCUGCGUAAGAAAGUCACUCAGGUUAUCUUAAGUUCAGGUACAGCCCUGACCCUUAGAUUUGUCUGUUUUUCUUUCAAUUCGAUCAUAGACAGCAAUGACUUAUGGUCCUCCAGCUGCUUGCAUAUCGGUGGAAUCUUUUCCUCUAUCUUUUCCUCUACAGCCAAUGCUUUCUGCUUGGCCUCUUCAGCUGUUUUUCGAUUCAAAGUAGAUUCCUGCAGCAGUUUCUCAAUAGAUUCUGUAUUUGAAUUCACCUUCUGCCCCAAGUUAUUAAUGCUUGUUGUAUUUUGAUCAAUUUUAGUUGUCGCUUCAGCCACUUGUUUACUCAACUUUUCCAAAGAUUCAAAAAUUUUAUCUAGGGCUGAAGAUAAGCCCCCUUCAGCUGCCAUUCCUUUGGAGGCCACCUGGGCUAAAUCUUCCCCUGGUGGGGCCGGAAGGCUGGGUGCUGACGGUCUACGCUGCUGCUGUCUAAUUUUGCCAGAUCUUGUUUUUUUUUUCCUGAGUCAAGUCUGCCAUAACACUUUAUCUAAGAGUCAAGGUCGUCCCCAUGCUUGUUUGUUUGUGGUGGAAAAUUCCCCUUUAGUAUAGCCAAUUUAAAGUGGAAAAUUCCCCUGCCAGUUGUAGCAAUUUCAAAGUUCCUGUAGGGGGACACAGUAGCAGUUCCAAAUUGUAACAAUAAGGUAGCUAUUCCAGCUUUCAAAGAUCCCCCCUUAGCCGCAAAUGGCAACAGUUUCAAGUCCAGUGGGACUUUUCAAAGUCAAAGUAUCCCUCUUGCAGAGCUAGAUGUCAGAAAGUUACAUUGUCUUUUGACAGCGCGUUUCCCACUACGGCAAUAUCAAUGUCCCUUGACAGUCCGUUCCCAGGCAUUAAGUGAUGGUCUUAGUUCCCUUUCUCUCUUCUUUUGCGGGCAAAACUUGCUUCCCCUUCCUCCUCCCCUCUCCCGCACCACAGGGAGGGAGUUCUCUUUUUAUUGAUGUAGGAUUUACGUCUUUUUCAACGCAGUUUCAAGCUCUUUGCUUUUGACAGUCUUUGCUUUGAUCUGUUUACAUAAAGGAAGGCGGACUUCCUGUUUACACCUUCCCGCUUCGGUACCAAAUUAGCCCUUUUUUCCUUAAGUCCCCCGAUCUUCGGUCUUAACCUACUCACGGGUAGUUGUUUCUUAGCCAAAUUGUCACAGGAAAAAGAUUCAAGGUCAGUCCCAGAGUCUCACAAUUUUUUAUCUUGCAGCUGGAAAUUCCCCUAGCCCAACUCUUGUAAAGCAACCAGUUUCAAAGACUUCCACUAGGGGAAAACAGUUUCUAUUUAUAUUAUUUUAUAUUAGUCACUAAUGUCCUCUUUUGAACACAGCUCAAACAAUCCAAAGUUAGUUUCAGUUUUCAGUUACUUUUACUCCUUUUUAGAAACAGCCGGAGACAGUAGAAACAAUGUAUUUCUCUUAUUUAGCUAGCUGUCAGUGAAUGUUCUAAACGCUGUCAAUGGACAUUCCAAAAUACGUCAGUCCUACUAGCAGCCCGUUUCCAGGGUCAGAGCGGUGGUAUUCUAGCUCUCUUCACUCUCUCCUGCAGGCAUACUCAGUCCACAACUUCCCCCCCUCUUCUCCUGCCUCCAAGGGGGGGUUAAAUGUUCUUUACCGAUGAAAGUUUAGUCUUUUACAAAAGGCUUUCCAAGGCUUCAGCUUGCAGCCUCAUUGCUUCAGUCUAUUUACAAAAGGGGAAGGCGGACUGUAUUGAACCUCCCCGUUUCGAUACCAAAUUAUACGUUUAAAAAUCCAAUUCUCCCGCUUCAGCUCUACUCACGGGUAAUUACUUUAGAGUCAAAUUGUCCACAGGAAAAAGUCAGCGCUCUCCGGCAACAGCUAUGCGGCUUCGCUCCGUGGAAGAAGCAGACGAUUCGAAGCACCGCACCACUCACCCCACGUCGCUCCGGACCCCCGAAACCGGGUUCCCCGCGAGUAGGGGAGGCACAAAGGGUGCCCGCCGAAUUCCACGUUCACAGGCUUCUCCCGCCUGUGAUUUUUUGUGGGUCUCCGCCUUCGCCGUGGCGGCCAGACCCAAAUUCCCACGGGGCAAAUUCCUCCCGAUCAGAGGAAUUUCGCCAUUACCGCUGGCGCCAACCCGGAAGUCCCUAUAUGUUGCAGGGGGAAAGAACUUGACACAGAGGUUUUUGGUGGCAUCCCCAUGAUAUAUAAUGUGCAGAUAUGCUCAGAGUUAGUAGCUGGGCAAAGGAAAUGAGCAAUCAUCAUGCAAGCAAUUCGGUUUCGAAACUAACUAACUAAAUAACAAGCAAAACCCAUUGUUUUCCAGACUUCAAACUUUCAUUCAAAACCUUGGAGCUUCAUCUCUCUUUCUGUAUUAACUUCCAGGGAACUGGAAUUGAGAUUUUCUGUGACAAACCCCCCAGUGGUGGUGGUGUUGAAACCAAACGGAGAAGUCAUUGCUGCAAACGCAGUGGAGGAGAUUAAGCAGGUGGGCCCUGCUUGCUUCAGGAACUGGCAGGAGGCAGCUGACCUGGUGGAGAGGAACUUCCUCCUGGCCCAGGACUUUGACAACGUUGCUCUGAGGAGCAUCAUGGAUCCCAUCCGCCGGCUCAAAUACAAGCUUGCAAGCAACAAAAGCAGAAAGGGAAGCAAAGAUAACAACGAAGAAGAAGUGUUCUCCUGA